GUGGCGGUGAAUACAGUACGUUCGUAUCCCCUAAAUCCAUGCAGGAAGCCAACGCCUCUCAUCCUCGCCACCUUCCGUUAACCUCCUCUUUUUCUGUCACUCUCCUUCUCUUUCUCUCUUCGCCUGCCUCUUGUCGCCUUCCUUCCUUCCUCCUCUCGGUCCAAACAAUAGAAUCGGCGAGAUGAAGGAUUGGAGGGGAUGGGACGUCGAGGCAGGGGGCGCUGCCGCCGGCGGUGGGGCGUCGCUGUACCCCAACAUGAUGGAGAGCCCGCAGCUGCGGUGGGCGUUCAUCCGCAAGGUCUACACCAUCGUCGCCCUCCAGAUCGUGAUCACCAUCGGCGUCGCGGCGGCCAUCAACUUAAUCGCUCCGGUCCGCGACUUCCUCCUCGACCGCUCGACCGCCUCGUUCGCGGCCGGCGUCGCCAUUAUGAUCUUGCCGUUCUUGGUAAUGCUUCCGAUGAUGUACUUCAGCGAGCGCCACCCCAUCAACUUUGUCCUCCUCGUCCUCUUCACCGUCUGCAUCGGCUUCGCUGUUGGAUUGGCAUGCACGACUCGAGGAGGCACGGCUAUACUGGAAGCUGCAACCCUAACAGCUGCGGUGGUUGGGGGUCUCACUCUCUACACAUUCUGGGCGGCCAAGAGAGGCCACGACUUCAGCUUCCUCGGUCCGUUCUUGUUUGCGGCUCUCCUUGCACUGACCAUCUUCUCGCUCAUCCAGGUUAGGAGUAGCGCAGUUCUCCAUGUCGCCGACUUAUUCUCGUUUCUCUAUGUAUACGGCUUGAGCCUACCUGAGCAGGUGUUGUUUCCGAUGGGAACGAUCACGACGAGGGUGUUCGGGUGCAUUUCGGCGGUGGUCUUCGCCGGCUUCAUCAUCUACGACACCGACAACCUGAUCAAGCGACACAGCUACGACCAGUACGUGUGUGCCGCCAUCUCGCUCUACCUAGACAUCAUCAAUCUCUUCUUGGCGUUGCUCAGCACCAUGGAAGACUGAUGCGAGUUUGUAUCGGCCCACCCACCAUCGGCGGACUUCGAUUUGUGUGUUGGAGACAAUAAGGUUGAACCCACCCUCGGAUUGAGAUGCCACCAGACCAGGCCGAGGAGUCGGUCGCCUGUGGUUAAUUGAGGUCUUCAACUGUGUGUCUUCCUUGUUCUUGGACGUUUGUCUACAUAGAUAUCGAUAUAUAUUUGGAGUAAGGAUUAGUCUAACGUUGCU